AUGAUCAGGAGGAGGAGGAAUGUUCGUCCGAGGAAAGCGACGAGGAGCCCGCGCCGCGACGCAGGGGACGCCGCGCCGGACGGGACCCCGGCGACGGGCACGACAAGCCCGGGGAGUGCAAGCAACAGUGACACGCGUGACGCACGGAUACACACUUAUAUACACACACGCUCCCCCCCACCACCAGACCUGACCACGCCCGCUAUCCCUAUCCCUGUCCCGCUCACACCACAUGUUGUUAGGUUGGUCCAUACUGUUACGGGAGUGCGUCCCUCACCGGACGAGCCGUUUAACUGUCUCUAA